CCGGGCACACUGUCAUCUGUCUGCAUAUUAAAGAUGGCAGGAAACAAGUCUUAUACUAUUGUAGAGUAUUUUGGCGGUGAUGACGGUUACCGCUGUGGUUACUGCAAAAAUGAAAAGGGAAACUUUUCUCAUGGGAUGUGGUCUCACACCAUGACAGUACAAGAUUACCAAGACCUCAUAGACCGAGGCUGGAGAAGAAGUGGGAAAUACGUCUAUAAGCCCAUAAUGAACAAGACAUGCUGUCCACAGUACACCAUCAGAUGUCAUGCACUGAAAUUCCAGCCUUCCAAAUCCCACAAGAAAAUCCUGAAGAAGAUUAGCAAAUUUAUUUCCAAAGAGGAGUUGCCUAAAGGUCAAGAAGAUGGGGAGCCAAUGGACUCAGUGUGUGAAGAAGCAGGUCCACGGGAACCAAGUCUAGUUUGCCACCCAGAAGUGAAGUGUACUGAUAUCGCAGACAUUCAGAAAGAAAUCGCAGAGUGUCCCACUAUCACAGAAGUUCAGAAGGAGGCAGCAGAUGCUGCACCUACAAGCUCAGAAACACCAAGAAAUGAUGUGGCAUCUCUCCCGGAUGGGAGAACAGCACCUGCAGCUCCUAAACCGGGUAUGGGAGUGGAUCCUAACCGGCCCCCGUGUCGGAAGGCCAAAGACUUGAGAAAGGAGCGACGUCUUCAGAAAGAGCAGAUGAGACAAAAUGCUGAUGGGGUCCCUUCCAUUGUCACUCCGACAUCACCCACUCCCACCCAGAUCAACCAACCCAAAACCUUGGAAGAUUUCAUAGAUGAGUCAUUGGCGGACAACGCUUCUCAUUGCCUUGAGGUGAGGCUAGUGCGCUCCAAUCCCCCUUGCCCGCAGUUCAAAGCCUCUUUCGACGCCUCCUACCAGGUGUACAAACUCUACCAGAUGGCCAUUCACAAGGACCCUCCUGACAAACCCUCCGAGAGCCAGGUGAGGCUAGUGCCAGUCAGCUUUGAGGACCCUCAAUUCACAGCGUCCUAUCAGCAGUCGGUGGCGCUGUACGCCUGCUACCAGAUGGCCAUUCAUGGUGAUGACGCCAGCGAAUGUAGUGAGAGCGAGUUCCGGAGAUUUCUCUGUGAUUCACCACUAGAGGCAGAGUCCUCUCCUGAUGGGCCUGAGAUGGGCUACGGCUCCUUCCACCAGCAGUACUGGGUGGACGGGCGCAUCGUGGCAGUGGGGGUGAUCGAUAUCCUGCCUACCUGUGUGUCUUCUGUCUACCUGUACUACCACCCAGAAUUUGCCUCACUGUCUCUGGGCUCCUACUCUGCUCUCAGGGAGAUCUCUUUCACCAGGCAGCUUCAGAAACAGUCCCCCAAACUGUGCUACUACUACCUGGGCUUUUACAUUCACUCCUGCCCCAAGAUGCGGUAUAAGGGGCAAUACCGGCCUUCAGACCUCCUGUGCCCAGAAACCUACAUCUGGGUACCAAUAGAGCGAUGCAUACCCCAGCUGGACAAUACCCGCUACGCUCGUUUAUGCCAGGAUCCCGAUGCAGGAGAUGCUCGGGUCCUGACGGAUGUGGGCAGAGCCAUGGUGCUAUAUAGGAGGACCGUCAUGCCCUACGUAGCCUACUCCCGCAAACGCAAGGGCUCCAGCGACGAGACGGAGGUGCAGCAGUACGCCGGCUUGGUUGGCCAGGAUUGUGCCGAAAGGAUCCUGCUUUACCGCGCCUAAACACACAGAAUCACACCACCUGCACCUUUUUAAUACACAUAAAUACACAAAUAUCUGUUACUGUUUUUUGUUAAUGUCUGUCUCCUCACUGUUUGUGAAAGUGCUUUCUGCUGCCUCUCCCUGUAGUCUCACCAUGCUUAGCUCCACACAGGCUCAACAAAGCAGUAGCUACUCACUAUCUACUGAAUUCACCUACUGGCCUCAUUCAUCAGUUAUAUCUUCACUUUUAUUUUACAAGUUAGAUUUUUAUUAAUCAGUGAAUCCUGCAGCAUCUGUUCUCAGUUUAGUUCAUGUGCACCCUUUUGCUUCAUUUCACACUCUGCAGGGACCAGUCCCAAUGUCAUUUUGAUAUCAUCCUCAAACUUGUGUGCUGAAGUAAUGAUGUUGUAAAAGAGUGUUUAGCGACACACAGAUGACGGCUUUCCUGUGAACUCACACAGGGUUGGAUUUAUGUCAGCGUUGCCACUUGAAGAGCAUGCUCUCCUUUGAAUGUCUUGCAAACUUUGUGGUUUUUCACUUGCUUACAUUAGAUCCCAACACAUCAAGCUUGUCUCAUGCUAAAUCACAAUGUAAUAAAGAUUUUUAUCAGUGGGUUAUUGUGGAGGAAAGAAUUCCCUGUUUAUUUACUUGUCUGAUGUUUUGUCUGUUAUAUUUAUAGCUUUAUUUGCUUUUCUUUUAAUAUGGACACUGUUAAUUUUUGUUAAACCAAAUAAAAAGGUUGUGUAUUCCCUAUUUGGACUUUGAAGCUUUCUUUUGCAUGCAAAUCAUAGAAUACAGCACUGGAUUGA